GAUUAGGUGACAGUCCCCUAACCCAGCCCGGAACUAACACCUCCCCUUCCUCCCUCCGGCGCCCUGGCCUCAGAGCUCAGAAUAACCUGGGGACCAGACGGCGGGAUGGCGGGGCCCCUGCUCGGUGCCCUGCUCCUCCUGCAGCUCCUCGGUGGCGGUGACGGGAAGAACGAGGAACUGCGUCUGUACCACCAUCUCUUCGACAACUAUGACCCAGAACGCCGGCCGGUAAAGGAGCCUGAAGACACUGUCACUAUCACCCUCAAGGUCACCCUGACCAACCUCAUCUCACUAAACGAGAAAGAAGAGACGCUCACCACCAGUGUCUGGAUUGGAAUCGACUGGCAGGAUUACAGACUCAAUUUCAGCAAGGAGGACUUCGGUGGCAUAGAGACCUUGCGGGUCCCUUCGGAGCUCGUGUGGCUGCCGGAGAUUGUGCUGGAAAACAACAUCGACGGCCAGUUCGGAGUGGCCUAUGACGCCAACGUGCUGGUCUACGAGGGCGGCUACGUGAGCUGGCUGCCCCCCGCCAUCUACCGCAGCAGCUGCGCCGUGGAGGUCACCUACUUCCCCUUCGACUGGCAGAACUGCUCCCUAGUCUUCCGCUCGCAGACGUACAACGCCCACGAGGUGGAGUUCGUCUUCGCCGCGGACGACGCCGGCGAGACCAUCAGCAAGAUCGACAUCGACACCGAGGCCUACACGGAAAACGGCGAGUGGGCCAUCGACUUCUGCCCCGGGCUGAUCCAUCACCACCGGGGCUCCGGGGACGACCCGGGCAGCAUCGACGUCAUCUACACGCUCAUCAUCCGCCGGAAGCCGCUCUUCUACGUCAUCAACAUCAUCGUGCCCUGCGUGCUCAUCUCCGGCCUGGUGCUACUCGCCUACUUCCUGCCGGCACAGGCCGGCGGCCAGAAGUGCACCGUGUCCAUCAACGUCCUACUGGCGCAGACGGUCUUCCUGUUCCUGAUCGCCCAGAAAACCCCCGAGACGUCGCUGAGCGUGCCGAUGCUGGGCAGGUACCUCAUCUUCGUCAUGGUGGUCGCCACGAUCAUCGUCAUGAAUUGCGUCAUUGUGCUCAACUUGUCUCUGCGGACGCCCACCACGCACGUCGUGUCUCCGCGGCUGCGCCACGUCUUGCUGGAGCUGCUGCCGCGCCUCCUGGGCUCCUGCGCGCCGCCCGAGGCCCCGCGGGCCGCCUCCCCGCCCCGGCGCGCGUCGUCCGUGGGCCUGCUGCUCCGCGCCGAGGAGCUGAUCCUGAAAAAGCCGCGGAGCGAGCUCGUGUUUGAGGGGCAGAGGCACCGGCACGGGCCCGGGGCCGCCGCCCUCUGCCAGAGCCUGGGCGCCGCCGCCCCUGAGGUCCGCUGCUGCGUGGACGCCGUGAACUUCGUGGCCGAGAGCACUCGACAGCAGGAGGCCUCCGGCGAGGAGGUGUCCGACUGGGUGCGCAUGGGGAAGGCCCUUGACAACGUCUGCUUCUGGGCUGCCCUGGUGCUCUUCAGCGUGGGCUCCGGCCUCAUCUUCCUGGGGGGCUACUUGAAUCGAGUGCCCGAGCUGCCCUACCCGCCGUGUAUGUAGGCAGCUCUUACCCCGCCUGCGGGAGGGGGGACCUGUCCUGCAAUGCGAGCUGCUGCCACCGCCGAGGACGAAGCCGUGCCUUGCUGCCUCGUCAGGGAGUCUUGUGUGCACACGCGUGGGUCUGGCCCCCGUGCAGGGGGCAGGGCAGAGGGCACACGGUUCAGGCGGGCUCCCGGAUGCCAGUCGUCGGGAGCCCUCGCCGCCCCUCUGUUCAGCCUUCUGAGGCCCUCGUCCCCCGUGGCCCCCCAGCCCUGUGAGCUGGUCUUUAUCAUGACCCAAGAGAGGAAGCGGGAAACCCCCGCUGCAGGAUGUGCCGGAAGCCAGGCCCUUCCCUGUAGGAGGGCACAGGGGCCAGAUGCCCUCAGUAAAGGUCCAGUGACAAGGCUGCCUUGGGGACACGCUCAGUCACUUCUGGCUUAUUGACCCAGCAUGGCCCUCCUGACCGCUUCCACCAAAACCCACUCAAGGGAGCUUCUACCCCUCCACCGCCCCCCCUUCCGGCUGGUGUCCAGGACCUGGAAAGAAGAAUAAAAUGGGCCCGAGAUGGUGGGAGCUGGUU